AUGGACAUUUUCAACGAUGAAUUCUUUUCAAAAAUCGCAGUUCCAAUGGUCAGAGAUUAUUCGAUUUUGACAAUGGAACCAGAAAAACUUGCGGAAAAUUCAGAAAACGACAAUUAUUUCAAGGAGAAUUUUCCGAGUGAGUUUUAAUGUUUUGGCGUGGAGUUUCAUAAUUUUUUAUUUCAGGAAUUGUGCUCGAAACUCCAAAGAAAAGUCAAUAUUCAGAAGAAAUCGAUGUUAUCAAAGAUUUCGACAGACUCGCCUUAUUCAAUCCAAAAACUCCCAAACUUCGAUUAUCGCAAAAACGACGAAGUUUACAGCAGAAAAUUGAAAAUGAGCAGAAAUUGGCGAAAAACGCUGCCACGUCAUCGAAAAUUCCAGUUUUUCACGGUGUUUUGACAAGAUCGAUGGCUUUGGAGAAAAAGAAAAAUGAGGAAGAAAAGGAGAAACCAAAACCGGCACAGAAACCAAGAAAAAUUGGAGUGGUGAGUUAUUUUUUGAUCUACCGCGCGGAAAUUUUUGAAAUGGGGAUGUUUUCGAAAAAAAAAUCUGGUCAUUUCCCAAGUUUUUCCCGUAAAUUCCGUUUCCACGUGGAUUUUUGGUGUUUUUUCAAAAAAAAAAUCCUGAUUUUCAGAUGCGAAUUGCUCAACCAUCUCCAGCCCGACAAUCCUCUCAAAAUCCACCGCGAAUGUCGCGCGACAAAAUCGCGGCAACACCACAGCAACCUCGCCAAUCCUUCCUCAAUCGUCCAACGCGUUCCUCGAUUCUCCGCGAAUCUGCGAUGAAAGCGCGGCUAUCAAAUUCGAAUGCGAAUCAACCGAUGCGACUUUUCAACGCGAAUCGCGGAUUAUUCGCGCCGUCUGCUGCGACAAAUGAAAAUGUUGCGAAUUCGCAACAAAAAUCAUCGGAAAAUCCGAUUCGAAGACCAUCAGUUUUGAGAGAAUCGCAUUCGAAUUCAUUGUUUUCGAGAUUAUCGACGCCGAAAAUUCGAAAAGCCGAAGAUUUGCGGGUAAAAGAACUAGAGGAGGAAAAUGCGAAAAAUCGACGAAGUGUGAUUUGUAGACCUGUUCCGGAUUAUGUGAGAAGCACGCGAAAAGAUGGGUUAGUUUUUUUUUAUAAAAAUAAUUUUUGGAAUCAGAAAUCCACGUGGAAAUUUGAAAAUUCAAAAUUUUUUUGGCUCAAAAACCCAGUUUGAAAUUGCAAAUUUGAAAACUAUGUUACAUCUUUUUUUACACAAAAACUUUUUAUUUAAAAAAAUUUUGAAACAGUUAAAAUUUUAGCUAUUUAUUUUUGAACUUUCUGGAACAAAUCAAGUUUUAUGUGAAUUGUAUUUUGAAAUUUUAAUUCUCAAAGCGAUGAAUUCAUAUAAAAUGCCUGAGCAGUCUAUAAUAUUUUUUCAAAAAAAAAUUCAGCUAAUUAAUUUCUUGAAACAGUAAAAUAUUUUGAAUUCAAAUUUUCCACAUGGCAUAUUUUAGUGAUAAAAUUUAAGAUAGCUAAUGUUCCUUCAAAAUUUCGAUCAAUUCACAGAAUUUUUUGCAGGCUUCCAUCAAUCGGUGGUCUUGUCGGAAUUCGCGCCCCAUCAAGAAGUCGAAAACCAUCAGAAUCGUCACAAAAAUAA